GACGUCGCACAACUAAGCAUAGACAACAUGAGGACCUUUGUAUGUUUGUUAAUGGCGGUAGCCGCUUGCAGAGCUGGCUUUGAGACCAGCGGCCACGGGAAUGGGGUUGGAGACGAAGAAUCCGGUGGGGGCUACGACUACUCAGCCCCCCUCCAGGCCCACAACUUUGGGGGGCAAGGAGGCCACGACUUCGGGGGACAAGGAGGCCAUGACUUUGGCGGACAAGGAGGCCACAGCUUCGGUGGACAAGGCGGCCACAGCUUCGGUGGACAAGGAGGCCACAGCUUCGGCGCGCAAGGUCACGACUUUGGAGGCCAAGGCGGUCACGGACAAGGUGGUCAUGACUUCACCCUAGCCUUGACUCAGGGAGGUGGACAAGGUGGCCACGAUUUCGGUCAAGCUUUCGGAGGACACGGGCAAGAGCAGCAGAGCUUCGGAGGCCACGAAGGCGGAUUCGGAGGCCACGGUUUCGGAGGCGAUUCUUACCUGCAGGCUGCCCACGAUUCGGGAAACCAUAACUUCGGCGGUGAUGUCAGCGGUCAUGGCGGUGAAUCUGCCGGUCACGGUGAUGAGGGCGGUCACGGAAGCGACUUCGGAGGCCAAGGAGGCCACGGCGACUUCGGAGGCCAGAGCUUCGGACACGGAGGCCAAGGAUCUUUCCAGCUCCAGGACCACGGAGACGAAGGAUUCGGAGCUCACGUCAUCCCCGUUGGCGAGCACACUGAUGUCCAGAGCCCCGUUCAGGUCCCAUUGUACAAGCACGUCACCGUCCCCGUUCACAAGCCCAUCCACAUCAACGUGCCCAAGCCCAUCUUAGUUGGAGUACCCCAGCCUUACCCCGUCAAGGUCCCCGUGAACAAGCCUGUCGCUGUCCCCGUUGAGACUGAGAUCUCUAUCCCCGUUGAAAAGGUUGUCCCUUACCCCGUCGUCAAGCACGUGCCUUACCCCGUUGAAAAGCACGUGCCCAUCAAGGUUGAGAAGACCGUAACGGUCCACGUGCCCCAACCCUACCCCGUUAAGAUCCCCGUAUACAAAACCAUCCACCAUCAUAGUGGUCAUCAUUAAGACCUCGAUGUGUUUGGUCGUCUGCAUGUCUGCGUGUGUGUUCCAUUGUAAAUAGCGUUGUUGAUGUUGUUGUUGAUUAAUUUUAAGUCAUUUUCAACUGUUCAUGUUGUAGUUGAUUUAUUUAUUGUUUGUUGAUUUUUUUGUUGAACAUAAAAGUUACCACUUGUUACCUA